ACGCAGGGCAACCAGCUGCAAGCCCCACAGUGAAGAACCUUGGAGUUUAAAUCCAGACAAGUGACCAGCUCUGCAAAGCCGUAGAGAUGGCCUAUCCCUGGCAGUUCUUGUUCAAGGCCAGAUCCUACUGGUUCGACUUGACCAAGGAAACAGACAUCAACAACAAUGUGGGGAAAGCCAGCCAGGUCCCCUCCAGUCUAGUGACACAGGAUGACCCCAAGUGUCAUGGCCUCGGCAAGCACCGGAAUGAGUCCCCCCAGUCCCUCACAGGGACGGUCAAGACGUCUCCAGAAUCCCUGAUCAAGCUGGAUGCGCCCCCAUCGGUCUGCCCGCGACAUGUGAGGAUCAAAAACUGGGGCAGCGGGAUGACCUUCCAAGACACACUUCACCACAAGGCCAAAGGGUAUCUUGCUUGCAAGUCCAAGUCUUGUCUGGGAGCCAUCAUGAACCCCAAAAGUUUGACCAGAGGACCCAGGGACAAGCCUACCCCCCCAGACGAGCUCCUACCUCAAGCUAUUGAAUUUGUCAACCACUAUUACAGCUCCUUCAAAGAGGCAAAAAUAGAGGAACAUCUGGCCAGGGUGGAAGCGGUAACAAAGGAGAUAGAAACAACAGGAACCUAUCUGCUGACGGCGGAUGAGCUCAUCUUUGCUACCAAGCAGGCCUGGCGCAACGCCCCCCGCUGCAUCGGGAGGAUCCAGUGGUCCAACCUGCAGGUCUUUGAUGCCCGGAGCUGUUCCACUGCCAAGGAAAUGUUCGAGCACAUCUGCAGACACCUGCGUUAUGCCACCAACAACGGCAACAUCAGGUCGGCCAUCACUGUGUUCCCCCAGCGGAGCGAUGGGAAGCAUGACUUCCGGGUCUGGAAUGCUCAGCUCAUCCGGUAUGCCGGCUACCAGAUGCCGGACGGCACCAUCCUGGGGGACCCCGCCAGCGUGGAGUUCACUCAGCUGUGCAUCGACCUGGGCUGGAAGCCCAAGUACGGCCGCUUCGACGUGGUGCCCCUGGUGCUACAGGCGGAUGGCCAGGACCCUGAGUUCUUUGAAAUUCCGCCUGACCUUGUGCUCGAGGUGCCCAUGGAACAUCCCAAGUAUGAGUGGUUCCGUGAGCUGCAGCUGAAGUGGUACGCCCUGCCUGCAGUGGCCAACAUGCUGCUCGAGGUGGGUGGCCUCGAGUUCCCAGGGUGCCCCUUCAACGGCUGGUACAUGGGCACGGAGAUCGGGGUCCGGGACUUCUGUGACGUUCAGCGCUACAACAUUCUGGAGGAAGUGGGCAGAAGGAUGGGCCUGGAAACGCACAAGCUGGCCUCACUCUGGAAGGACCGGGCUGUCAUUGAGAUCAAUGUUGCUGUGCUCCACAGCUUCCAGCUAACCCGCUGA